UUCUCUCGGAGAGAAAACAAAUCACGACUGGACACUCCACACAGAAGACUGAACCAUGAGAGCAGAGCUAGAUUGAGGAAACUAUGGAUUACAGAGAAGCCUUCUUAACUGCUUGGAGGGAAUAUCAUCCUAAAGGCAAGCUUCCUGACACAGAAUUUUUGCAAUUCUGUGAUUGUGGUGGAGAUUUCGCAUCUGACGAACAUAUUUUAGAGCGGUUCAAUUUGUGCAAUCGAAGACUCGAUGACGCUAUUAGCGUGAUAAAAAGCGAAGGAUUUAUUCUUAAAUGGCUAAAAGAGGUCCUUAAGGUUAACAUCACAAAAGGAAGAGAUUUAGAAAUCGAAAGAGUGUUAAACGUGUUCUUUCCGUGCGAAACGGAUCAGCCUGUGCCGUGUUCGCAGGACAUCGCCUUCCCUCCCGUUGCCAUAGAAGACGUAAAAAAAUCGGUCACGUGCGAUUUUAAGAAGUCAUCAACGCAUGAAGACGAAAUGAAAUGUCCAACUAAUACUUCUACCUUAAAUGAAGAGUGCAAAGAUUUUAGAAAAGACGCUGAAGCGAUAUUUCCUCUUGGUGACGAGUCAAAACUCGCUGUGGACGGAAGUGACGAGGAGUCAUGUUUCAACAAAAACAUACAGGGGAUGUCUGGGGUCGACUCUGGUAAAUUAUUUAGUAGUGGAAAUAAUGAAUUCGAUGGAGAGAAAAGCUCGUCACACGAAGGCAUUAAUAUAGCAGAGGGUAAUAAAUUUUCCACCAAUAACAGUACAGAAAAGGAAAGUGAAUACGAUGUCUGGUUAACAAGGACAAAUGAUCAGAGAAUCCCCACGGGUUCUUCAGAAGACGAAGGACUAGAAAUGGGGGACGAAUCGCGAAAUUUAAAUUAUCCUGAACGAAAGAAACCAGCUGGUCACAGAAAUCGAGCUCUAGCCAGUGUGUUCUCACCUCUAGCGAAGGGGAUCAACAAAGCUAAAUCGAAAGGAAAGAGUUAUUUAACGCGUCCGUCAGACCCAAAACAUAAGCGACACGACUCUCACGGCAGCACGACUAGUGGCGAUGAUGUGGACUUAUCUGAUCUUGCCGAAAGUAAAACUUCCGAAAAUCUCGAAAGUGAAGUUUUGUCACAUUCUACUGAAGUCGAUGUGAAGUCAUACGAUAUUUGUGCGGCAAAUCAGUUUUAUAUGGCAGAUGAGGACGAUAGUUGUUUGGCUCCUAUCGAUUGUGGAAGUCAUGUUGACUUUACAAGACAGGGAUUCUCGGAGAACAAUGCUUUGGACAAGAAAGACCUAACCUCUGAGGAAGACAGGUGUAAGAAAGAGGCGAUCGGAGAAGCACCCGACGUCAUUAUCGAAGUUGUCGAUGAACUGAUAUCCUACUUGGAAGGAAUCGAGGUCGUGAGCAGCGAUGAUCUUGAAGGGGAAUCGCCCCAUGCGUCUGAGGGAGACGAUUUUAUGCUAUUUGGCGGGGUGAUAAGGCCACGGAAACCACUGCGAUCACGAAGACAACUCGAUUCUGUACUCUCUGCGGGUAACGUUAGUUUGAUGAGCGCUGACUCUUGCAUGAGUCCAUGGGCUAUAGAUGUUGCUGUCUCUGAAAUGCAGUCAGCUGAUUCAUCGGAACAAGAAGACAAUGGGAAUGAUUCCAGUGAUUUCAGACCCACUGAGAGAGCUUUCCCCUCUCAGCCUGAAAAAGAAACAUCCAACCAGCCAAAAGUGGAGGCUUCUCCUCCACCUAUCAGGCCCCCACGGCGUAGUAAGACUGAGAAGCGUUCCCGUACAGUAGGCUCUCCAAAAAAACUAGGGCCAUUCAGUGCUGAGGAUGAUGACGUUUUCAGAAGAGACGAAAGGGGCUAUGAAGGGGACUAUGACUCUCUCCCUCGUCUUCCAAGGAGGAGUGCCAGUGAGGUAGUUCGUCCUCGGAGCCAGGGUUCAGAUAAUGAAGAACACAAGAAACUGCGCAAAGCCCGAGGGGCUCAUGUUGUCAUUGGUGAUAAUAGUGUUGAUUUUUCAUCUUCUCCUGUCCCCUCUCCAGGUGGAAGUCCUUCAAAACAUGUGGAUGCUGGUACUGGAGACAAAGCGGAAAAGCUGCACAAGAGAAAGUGGGUUGUUGCUGGAGUGCUGGAUGGUGAGAAAGGAUACUUGGAAUGUCUGAACUUAUUAUACAAACAUAUGAAGCCUCUAAAGUUGUCUAUGGAAUCAUCAGCUCCAAUCUUGACCUCAGUUGACUACAACAAGAUUUUCCACAAACUUGAUGAUCUACAUACUAUGCACAGUGUGUUUUAUAAUGACCUUGAGACACGCGUGUCACACUGGAGCGACCGUCACCUUAUAGGAGAUUUGUUUUUGAGUUUGGUGGAUCAGUUUGAUGUAUACAAAGAAUACCUAUUAAACUACCAUACUGCAAUGUCAUCAAUACGUAAAUGCAAAGCAAAUAAUGAACAAUUCAACAACAUAUUUUCUAAGGAACUUAGAGUUCAUUCCAUUCAGGAAGUGACAACAUUAGAAGCUCUUUUCAACAAACCAGUGGAACGAGUUGGCCGCUAUAUAGUUAUCUUAGGGGACCUGAUCAGAGAAACUCCUGAGGAUCAUGCGGAUUUUGAACUUUUAACAAAUGUGUUGAACCAAACCAAAGACUUUCUGGCAAAGAUCAGUGGUGAUGACAGAGACGGAGGGGGUACGCCGCAAAGAGUCAAGCGAGAUCACAGACUGAUCAAAGACGGAUUUAUAGUAGAGCUGGCAGAUGGAGUUCGAAAAUUUAGACAUCUCUUCUUGUUCAAUGACUACAUCAUUUGUACAAAGAGAAAGAUAACUGCCAGGAGCGAGCAAUACGUGUGUAAAUGGUAUCUCUCCCUUCACGAAUUACAGUUCCACCCCACAGAGAACUCAGAAGCGUCACAAGUUAUACCAGUGACAAGCAAAAGUGACUUUGAUUUACUGAAAAGCAGGAUUGCAAGCACCAAAGCAGAAAUCCGACGAGAAGAAGGAGUAAGUGGGUUCCACAGUCCAGAGUCCUCACCUUCAACCAAGCGACGUCGAGCACAAUCGGCCUCCAAAGUUGUCGAGAAACUAAAAAAGCGUCUAGCUGAACAGGAAGCAGCUCUUUUGUUAGCCAUUCCCAGUCUUCCGCUCACACUAUACCACAAACAUGGCAAGACAUACACAUUACUCUGUAAAAGUGAUGUUGAAAGAGCGGAAUGGAAAGAAGCCAUCAUUCCUCUAUUGGAACAAAUUCAAGAUAAUCCAACUGCUGAAGGACAGCUUAGUGUGUUAGAGCUUCAUCACUUCCUAGAGGCUUGUAAGAAGCUGAGAACUCAGAGGUCGUUAGGAAAAGUAUCCAUGAAAGAAGACAAAAGUCUUCUUAAUGGAUUGCUCUACGUUCAUAUACACUCUGGACGCGGAUUUCACAAAAACGAUCUCAGUUGCGUGGUAGAAGUUGAUCAUCAUGGACAGUUUGUUCGCAAAGCCAGGACAAAAACGUGUAAAGCGUCGACUGACCCAGUAUGGGAUCAGGACUUCGAUGUUGAGGUAGAAGGAACAAGAGAACUCAAGCUGCAUGUUUACAGCAAGAGCAGACUUAAUUUUGAUGAGCACUGUGCGCAAGGGAAAAUAGAGCUUGUAAAAGAAAAGUUGACGGAUCUGAAGAAACGGACCAUCACAAUAACCUUAGACAAGCAGGGCGCUGUGACGCUAUCGCUACAGUAUUCCAAGACCCCUCACGGGAUUCAACGGAAAAAGUCUUAUAGCGAGAAAGGAGUGUUUGGAGUUGACAUCACGACAGUUUCAAAACGAGAGGAAAGUGAUAUUCCCCUAGUUGUGAUUGGCUGUAUACAGGAAAUCGAAAAAAGAGGAAUGCACGAAGUAGGAAUUUAUCGCUUAUCAGGAGCAACUACUGAUGUCCGAAGACUAAAAGAUGCGUUUGACAACAACAGUCAGAGUGCUUUAGUGCAAGUUGCUGAGGCGGACAUCCAUGCUGUGGCAGGGCUUCUGAAGAUGUAGCUCAGGGACCUUCCAGAGCCACUCUUUACCGACGACCUUUAUCUCAAGUUUGUUGAAGCAAACGGAAUUAAAGAUCCGGAGGAGAAAAAGAAAACAAUGAUGGAGUUGUUUGAAUCUUUACCGAAACCAAACCGCCUCACUAGUAUCUAUCUACUGGAUCAUCUAAGGAGAUUAAGUGAACAUCAGGAACAGAACAAAAUGGGACAAAAUAACUUGGCGACCGUUUUUGGCCCGAACGUUCUUCGUCCUUCUUCGGCCGACACAGACCCAACCGAUCUCGCUAAAGGAACACUCGAUGUCAUGAGUCAAGUCGGGAUCUUUCUUUGGUUCUUAAAGUUUUGCUCUCUCCAGCUCCCGGAAGAUCCAGAGCUCAUGCGUAGACUGGAUCCGAAUAAAAACGUCGAGGUUGCGCCCGCGUUAGAGCAUGAGGAUAGACUUAUAUAAUAUUCAACCAUGCACUUCAAAAGUUGACCUCGAUCUGAUGAUGUACCCACAAGAGCAUGUGCAGUUCAAGUAAACCGUCACACGUGAAAAUCAAAUGAAGGAACGAAGUCUUCUUAAUCUCGUACAGCCUCAAAAUGCGUUGAGGUGACACUCAAUCACUGAAGUGUGUGUCGGGUGCACUGGUGUGUCUGGCGUGUACACCAGUUAAGAAUAGUUUUUUGUUUUUGUUUUUGUUUUUUUCAAAUCCAAGGAGUUGCAACUUUAAAAAGGGACGAGAAAAAUUCCCUGUGCUAUGACGUGAUUUAUAUUCGGAAUUAUAGGAGAAAACGUUGCAAAUGUUUGCAUAGGUUAGUUUAUAGAUAUUUUAAUCAAAGAACAAAUUGAGUUUAUUUUAAUUUUUAGUCCUUACAGGAUGCUUUUAAAGUUUUAUUUUCGUAAGAAUGAAAUUUUAUUCGAUAUCUUUGUUCACUUUUUUACUAUUCUACGUGCAAAUGAAUAUUUAGUAAGACCUUUUUGUUCGCCUCUUUUAGUAUAGGAAGUCAUUAGAAGCAAUUCUUAGCUGCCAGAUCAUGACCAGUUUAUCUUUCUUAGCAUAGUCCAUUGAGCCCGCGAAAAAGCGCUCAGCGGAAUUUGGUUUAAUUUUUUAUGCUAACUUUUCAUUGUGCUUCUUUGUGAGGGACUAUGUUGCUUCGAAGAAUUUUAAAUGAUUAUGAUGAGUUCGUUUGUAAUUCUCACCACUUUUUCACAUAACUCUUUUUAAAUAGAUUUUUAAGGUUUGCCAACCAAUGAACAUGAAAUGGCAGUAACUUUUUGACGCAUAUGCUUACUAUGAAAUUGAAGUUAUGAUUCAGUCGACCGUCAGGAAACAUUAAAAGACUGUUACUAUUCUAAGCGAUUAUUAUAACUCUAUGUACGAGCACCAGAAAAAAUUAUAGAUCAUGUCUAAAACAUUUAUUCGCAUUUUUAUAUGACGUAUGUAUUCAAUUAGUAUCCUUAGGCCUUGUCAGUUUGUUUAAAAAAAGCUCAAAAUACAGAGGAGUUCUUAUAUCGAACAGGAUUAUUUAUCAAACAUUAGACAUAUUAAGUUAUUUUAAUUGUAAAUUAAGUUGAAUAAAUGUCGGUCGAAAUAAUUGGGCAAGAUAAACUUAUUAGCAAGUAUUUUUGUCGACAAAAUUGCAAGCGAUUUUCUCUUCAACUGUUUAAUGUUCUAGGUGAAAUCUACGCUAUUAGAGCAAUAUAUUUACUGGGUGUCAUAAGUUAUGCGGAAAUGUCUAAUCUGUGAUUGGUUAAAGAAACUGUCCACAUCUCAGAUGAGAAGACACAAAGUGUAUCAAUCACAGCUUUGGCACUCGCGUGAUGUUGACGUGCUCCUGAUUGGCUGAAAUUUAGAAGGUUUGCUCUGAUUGGUCAAAUGUAGGACGUUUCAAAUUCGAUCAUGGCACAAACAGACGAAUAUUUAAUUGGAAAAGGCUUAGGUGACCUUAUUGUCGGGUUACUGCCGAAGACGAGAGACGCUAUUUUGAUGCCAUAUACGUGAGACAAGAAAGAUGUUUAUAGCAGCAUAGAAAUUAAAAGUAUACACCGACAGAAAUGUCAAAGAAAUGGAAUGGCACAGUGUAUUAGAAGUUAGAACUGUUGUAAACAAUUUUAAUAAAUAACUUUUGUUCAUUUUGAAUAAAUAACUCCAGUCUUA